GCCGGGCGGGCGCCAUCUUGGAAAAGGGCAGCCCCCGCCCCGUGCCCCGGCGCCGUGGGAGGACGCGGGGCGAUGGCGGCGGCCGUGGCCGCGCUGGGCCGGGGCCUGACGGCCGCGCUCCGCCUGCCCCGGGCUCGGCCGGGACUCCCCGGGAUGGCACUGAAUCUGUACCAGAACCUACCGAAAAUUGAGAUCCUCCAUCAGGUGAAGCUCCUGCACACAACUGUGUCUCGGAAAGGUCUGGAGGAGUUUUUUGAUGAUCCAGGAAACUGGGGGGAAAAAAGUGUAAAGUCUGGGGAUUCAUGGAAUAUAAAGCAGCUAAGGGGCAAGAGUAGUGAAGACUUGCACAAACUUUGGUAUGUCCUGCUGAAAGAAAAGAACAUGCUCUUGACUUUAGAGCAAGAAUCCAAGCGACAGCGCAAGCCUAUGCCAAGUCCAGAACGCUUAGAAAAGGUAGAAACAUCUAUGAAAAAUAUAGACUUGGUUGUCAGAGAAAGAGAAAUUGCCUUGAGGCUUUUACAAACGGGCCAUGAAAAGCCAGUCCCUGGCGAGUGGAGACAAGACUUCCUGGGACGCACCUUCUGGUACAGUUACAAGGAAUGGCCAAUACCAUGGCACUUGAACAAAAAACACAAAAAGAAGAGAUUCUUUUACUUGCCUCAUGUGAAUCACUUCAUCAGACUCAGACUUGAAAAAUCCUUACGGAAAAGGGCAAGGCAGCAGAGCCUGGAGAGGACGAAGCGGAAGCUCUUGGAAAGGAAGUUCCCUGAUGUUGCUGUGAAAUCCCAGAGCCAGUAGCAGGCUGGAAAAGCACUGUAAACAACUGGUCAAGUGUCUGUGGAACAUGAAUCAUGUUCUGGAACCACAAACAACUCCACUGAGCAUUCCAGAUAGUCUCCAGCUUUUUUUGUUUUUAAUACCACAUUUGACUUUAAUUAAAAACUUUCAAUCUGGAAUUAAAAAGCAGCUUUGGUGCCUAAC